CUACACAACGUUGGCAGUAUUGAAGCCAUUCAAAAUAAUAAUAAUAACGUUGGCAGUGUUAAAAUAUUAUAAAUUUGUGUUAAAUCAUGGAACGUGAAAUGAGAGGAGGUCGCACGCGUGGUGGCGAAAACGCACGAGGCGCACGAGGUGGUGGUAGUGGUGACGCAGGACGGCCAUCAGUCUUGGAACCGAUGAGCAGCCUGGACGUCAGCGAAGUGCCGCAAGGCAGUGGCCUGGAGCGGCCGCUCCACGCUCCCAAGAGAUCAAGAAUUUUGCGCUCGGCAACAGUUACCAACAUUCGAGAGCAUACGGGAGCGUUGAGCACUGCUGACGAUGCUGGGCCGCCGUCGGUUCCAAUUGACAUUCCAACUGAUGUGCCAUCAUCACUGCCACCACCAGACCCCGCACCCGGACUGGAAGAGCUGGAGGCGUCGUCACCGGCACUAUAUUUGGAAUGCGGUGGUAGCGGCGUGUCCACUCCACGUGCUGCGGGGAGUGGGCCGUUGACGCCACGAGGCGAUACGAGGCGUAGUUUGUUGGAACGUCCGAACGACCACGAAAUAAUGGAACAUCUGUUCUAUGGAAGUGAGGAAGAUUCUUCGGAGGAGGAGGACGGGGACGCUCUGCCGAUGCCAAUUCCGCGCACGGUACGAGCGUUCCUCGAGGAUGAGUUCCGUGGGGAAGAGGGGGCCGCACCAGCGGCCCUUGAUUUUUCAUGGCCUCCUACGCACUUCACCCCCUCCGUCGAGCCGCCUUCGCCCACAGUUCAGAUGUUGCCAGCGGUCCCGGUCUUGCAGCCAGCGGUCCCGGAGCCCGCAGUUCCGGAGCCGGAGGUGCCGUCGGCGUCGUUCAAUUUGGAUAAGUUUGACUUCCAGUGGAGAGCUUUCACUCAACCUCAAAUCGCACCUGAGUUGAGGAGGGAAACGUUCUCCGAAAUUAAUUGUGGACCCACUACUCCGUAUGCCACCCCAUAUGACGCUUUUGUAGCCAUUUGGGAUCAGCAAAUUAUGGAGCACAUUGUUGUAGAGACAAACCUGUACGCCCAACAGCUAGCGGCAAUUAUGAUUCAGUCCAACACUAUGUGUCCUAGCAGUAGGAUAACAAAGUGGGUGGACACGACUGUCGACGAACUGUACGUGUAUUUCGCCAUAACCCUAGUAAUGGGGAUUGUGGUGAAAUCGCGUAUUGAGGAGUACUGGAAUUGUUCUCGUGACAUUUUCUGUACUCCUGAGUUCCCGACAGCGAUGAGUUGUGAUCGCUUCUUGUUGUUGAGUAGGUGUCUCCACUUCCAAGACAACGCGUUUUGCAAUCCUGGUGAGCUAACGAGAGCUCAAGCUAAAUUGUUUAAAAUUCAGCCUAUCGUUGACCAUUUAAAUAUUAAAUUCUCCCAUUUGUAUACAUUGGAUCGAAAUGUGGUACUUGAUGAGAGUCUGACGAUGUGGAAGGGGUGGUUGGCCAUCAACCAAUUUAUUGAAAAUAAAGCAGCAGCAGUCGGAAUCAAGAGUUUUGAGCUGUGUGAGUCAAAGACCGGAUACUUGUGGCGUUUUGAGGUCUAUUCGGGUCACGAAGUAGCCUUAAAUGCUCAAGCGUCCCCAGUCUCUGGGAUCAUACCCUCAAUAGUCUUGAGGCUACUGAAGGGUCUCGAGCACAGAGGCCAUACGGUAUGGAUGGAUAAUUAUUAUAAUUCUCCUGCACUAUCCCGGGAGUUAAAGUGCCGUGGGUUCGACUGCGUGGGGACGCUACGCACGAACCGCCCGUUCGUUCCCACGGAACUGAUGCACCUUUCAAAGGGCAACAGGGCUGUCGGUCAUGUGUGUGGCUGUACCUCAGGGGACGUUGAUCUCAUUGUAUGGCGAGAUAAGAACAGUGUGGCUCUUACCUCGACAUACCAUGGGUUAGCUACCGUGAAGUGUGGCGCCACCCUGAAACCGACCGUCAUCGCAGAUUAUAAUCUGUGUAUGGGGGGCGUUGAUCGUAAAGAUAAAAUGCUGGCGAUGUAUCCCCUUGAAAGGAAGCGUACUUCCGUGUGGUACAAGAAAUUGUUCCGGCGGUUGCUGAAUGUGAGCACAUUAAAUGCCUACAUACUAUACAAAUCCCAGCAAUCAACUACUCACCGAAGUUUUCGCAAGACUUUGGUGAAGGAGUUGUUGUCACGGCACUCUCCACAACCCAGGCCUACGCCCACUAUUACACACCACACUGAAACAGUCAGAAACACACAAGGCUUCAAGCACUACCUGAAGCAGUACACUGCGUUGGAGACCUCCAGCCACCGGCGGAACUGCGCGGAGUGUGGCAAGCGCGUCACAUCGUACUGCAACGGGUGCGAAAAAGCGCUUUGCGUUUUUUCAUGCUUUGAGCCUUACCACACAAAACUGUUCAGAAACACUACACAGUAACACUUUUUUUUUGAUGGUAUUUGUGUGCGUAUGUUUAGUAACCAUCGUAACAGCUUUUUGUUGUAGGUAUAAUAAUUGUCCAUAUAUCGUAGCUGCUUUGUUUUUGAUGGCUACAUUUUGAUCCCUAUAUUUAUUUAUUUAUGUAUAGUAUUUAUUUAUGUAUGUAAUGUAUAUUUUACCUUAUUUAUUUAUUAUCUUAUAUUUAUUAUAAUUAUAAAUAGGAGAAUAUCGCGUUUUUUUCUUUUUUGUUUUAAGGAUUGCAGAUCGCGUUGUCUUUUUUUUUUUUGUACCCGACUUCAAUAUUAUGUACUGUUUUUUGUAUGUAUGUACACCGAUUGGUGUAUGUACUGAUUUUUUUGUACACGGGUCAAGAUUGGUGAUCAGAUUUGAUUUCUUUUUGUUCGAUGGUCCUACCUUGGUUCCUUACAAAUUUACAAAUUUUAUUUACAUUGAAAAUUAUUAAUAACUUGAAAAAAUCGAACUGCCUAAUGCGGCCUUAUUAUUAUUGCGUGCCUUAUUUACUUUUACCAUUCGUUUACAUUUGUUUACUUGGAGAUCUAAGAUGUAAUUUUCAAGAUACCUUGUAUUACCCUGUGCACAUGUUUAUUAAAAAAUUGAAUUGUUUUUUUGGUUUUUAGUGCACGUUUUUUUUUUGUUUUUAGUGCACAUUUGUUUUUCUUUUUUUUUUUUUUGAAGUCGGUACAAACUGGAAGUCAAACCCUCUUAUCUUAAGUUAAUUGUGUUGCGUAUUGAUAUUUUUUUUUUGUUUGUUUAAGCAUUGCUUUUUUGGUGCAAUCUCUAAGGAGAAUGUUUUAUUUUGUUUGUUUGAGCAUUGAUUUUUUGGUACAAUAUCUAAGGAGAAUAUUUUAUUUUGUUUGUUUGAGCAUUGAUUUUCUGGUACAAUAUCUAAGGAGAAUAUUUUAUUUUGUUUGUCAAGUAUAAAGUGUUAACUGUAAUUGUUAUAAAAUCAUAAUUAUCUAUGAAUAUUGUAAAAAAUAUUAUUUAUAGUUUGUUCUAGAAGACUACAGCAUUUCUUUAUUUUUUAAUUUUGUUUAAGAUGUUGAAUAAACAACAUUAAAAACUUAGGUAAAAGCUGAUAACAAUUUAAAAGAAGAAUUUUUUUAUGUUUUAAUUAUUACAUUAUAUUUCUUGUCUGUGAUGUUACUAUUUCUUUCA